AUGGAUAAGGACUUACUCCAAUUCCAGCAAUGUCAGGAUCAGGAUCCACGAGAUCGUAUUGCCCAUCACAGCGUGACAUUUUCAGGAGUAGAUGGCUAUGGAGGUCACUUCAUGAAAGAAAGGCAUAAAUCUCAGCAAUAUCAACUUCGGGCCUUUUCUCUUCUAACAAACUCCCACUUUAUCCAAGGUCAUAAGACUCAUUACAAUCCCACGGAUAUAAGGGCACAGGACCAGGCGUACCUCGCGGUUGUUCCUAAAGCCUUCGACUUUGGAAGUCAUGCACUUGCAGCCGCUAUAAAGAAGGUAGGCGCACUGUUCUGCUACCAGGAUGGUAGCAAGCAACAAGGAACCUUCGCACCACCGGCCGUCCCAAGUCAAGUGAACUACUCUAGGGUGGUACAGUGGCUCGAAUAUUGCAGGUCGCAUCAUGCAAAUCGCUGCACGAGCGAGCAACCUGUACUAGCAGGGUUGAAGCUACUUGACUGCAGUUCAUUCUUGGUGAUAGCUGCUCCGAUUUUAUUUCGGUAUGUGGCACUGAGCUACGUUUGGGGCGGCUCGAAAGGAGGCAGCUGUAAUGGGGUCACGAUAUUCACCGGUGGAGCGAAGGUGCUGCGGUCAUGUCUUCCCAAUGUCGUUCUAGAUGCCAUCCAGGUCACCAAGGCACUGGGGUUGCGAUAUCUUUGGGUUGAUAAGCUCUGCAUUGAUCAAGACAACCCAACUCUGAAGCAUGACCAAAUAAGUCAGAUGGACAAGAUCUAUAGAGGAGCAGAGGUCACCAUAAUUGCAGCUGCAGGAGAAGACGAUAAUUACGGCUUGCCUGGCGUUGGAAAGAGACGUCGGAGAGCUCAGCCGGUAGCAAAGAUCGGCAACAUUAGACUCGUCUCCAGUAUGGCCCAUCCGCACCAUACGAUCACCAGUUCAAGAUGGUGGACUAGAGCUUGGACGUAUCAGGAAGCCGUGCUCUCUCAGCGCCGUCUCGUCUUCACAGAAGAUCAGACCUAUUUUGAGUGUAAUAGGAUGAAUUGCUCUGAAAGUUUCCAGGGCGAUUUGGAUGUUUUUCAUGUAACUGCCAGAUCUCUGUUUUGGGGGGUCCACCAUCCUGGUAUCUUUUCGGGUGAAGAGGGCACUUCAAAUCUUUCCAGCCGGCUCAGAUACUUCGACCUUGCAAGCCAAUAUACAGCGAAGGAGCUAAGUUUUGAGGAAGACUCCCUUAAAGCUUUUGCUGGGAUUAUGAGACACUUGAGGAGUUCCUGGUAUCCUAUAUGCCAGGUAUGGGGGGUCCCUUACGAACAUAAUGGUUACAAGUCCAUACGCCGAGGGUUGCUCUGGUGCCACAAACAACACUGCUGGUCCACAUUGGCGAAACCCCACCGACGGUCUGAUUUUCCAUCCUGGUCGUGGGCUGGGUGGGCUGGAGAGAUAGACUUCAUGGUGAGUGACUGGUUUAGUGUUGGCUCCAAUUCGGCCAGUGUCUUUUUGGAGGUCGAAGUCGGUUGUCUGGUGGAGCUUAAUUACCUACCACUCAACUCUGCAGAAGAUGCAUUUCAGUUUUCGUACCCCCUUGCUCUGCACCUAGACGCAUGGGCUCUCCCAAGCAGUAUGCUCAAGGUCCAAGAUCCUGAGCGACCAUCUGCAUGCACUAUCGCAGGCUUCGAUGCGACACUGAGCUUAUCUCAAGGUCCAGGGGAUCCCAAAAUUGUUUCCAAAAUGUUAUGUGAGGGCAAAUGGGAGUUGCUAUGGCUUUUGACACAGUCUUCAGCUGCAUACUUUUUAGUUAUCGAAAACCAUACCGACUUCGCUUGCCGUGUGGGUACGGUCGAUGCAAAAAUUCCUCCUUGGCCAUGUCAUUUGUUGAGACAUUCGCCGCUGGGAAAGCGACGUAAAGUUUGUCUGAAAUAA